UAUAGAUGCAUUUAACUACACACAAUAUUUAUGGGAACGUCGUCAAAAUCGUAUAUUUCGACCUUCAUUUGUAAGUUAUCAAAGAUUACUUUCGUUGGUACAUGAGGCAUACCCGCAUGUUCAUUGGAAAUCCACAACAUGUUGUACAAAAAGGGUAUCAACACAUGGCAGGAAGACAUGAGGCAUUAGCUAGGGGUCAUGAAAUGCAGUAUCGUCGAGCUCGGAUGAUUGAAAAUGAUGAAAAUCAAUUUAAUGAAAUGAGACAAUAUGCAGAGGAAGUCGCUCGUAUUUCAAUGGAGUCAAUGAAUGCAGCCUUCCAGGGAACGCGAUUGAGCUUUGAUCCUGAUUACAAUCCUCCCACUCAAUACGAUGAACCACCACCUGAACAAGUAUCUCGUCGAUCACGACAAACAACACCGAGAGAGGGUGCACGUCGAGAUAGAAGGAGCACUGGUGAAACAGUUGAUUUUUCUGCAAGGCCCUCUAACACUAAUGUGGCGACUCCCGAGCCUUAUUAUCCCACGUUUGAUUUUUCUACUGGGCCCUCUAACACUAAUGUGGCGACUCCCGAGCCUUAUUAUCCCACGUUUGAUUUUUUUACAGGGCCCUCUAACACUAAUGUUAAUUUUUCUAGUCAGCAAUCAGUUGGUUUUGUAACUCCACAGGUUUCAAUAUCUGGUUUUGCGCAAUUUAGUGGAUCUCAAUAUGGUAUUCAACAUAGUAUGCGUCAAUUUCCUAUACAUAAUUCUCCAUUUGGUGGAAGAUUGAAUUUUUCGAAUGUAAUUGUGUCCGUUGAUUCAAGAUUUAAUGCUGGGACUUCACAAAAUUUAGUUCUUAAUAGAAAAAAUCUACCUCGGAGAACACCUAGGCUACACAACUCAACUAGAUGUGGAACAGGCAGUCACUAUCAAAAUGAGAAAGAUUUUGAAAAUGAAGAUGUAGAAGAUUCGGAUUCAGAAGAAUCAUUUUUAUGCACCUUUAUUCUAAAAGGCUGAAGAUUCGAAUUUUGAAAUGUGUAAAUUUUGUUGUUUCGUGCAAGUUUGGACAAAGU